GGUGGGACAACCGUUGCCGACUGUUCUGUGGCUGGUAGGUGGUCUGUGACAGUCCGUUCUCGGCUCUUGCCAACGUGAUAACGGAGUUCGGCGACCGACUCGUGCCACGGUGGACGCCACCUUUCCUUCCUCCGUGGCGAACGCAGACAACGGCCAUGAAGACGUGGUGAAACCAGUGCGACUCGUCAAACGAACAAGGGCGCCAUGUCUGAUGGGUCGUGCCGACUGGCCGUGACCUGCCUUAGCAGUGGCAUCAAUCCCUCGAGUGCCCUGCUUCGGCGCCUGUUUGACCUUCCCACAACAGUCCGCAAGUCGGACAUCCUUGGCUCGACUAACGAGGACAGCUGCUACGAGGAUGCCGUUUCCAACUAUCAUGUGGACUUUACUCCCACCAAGAGUUACGACGAUACGAUUGAAGUCAUCAUCAACAACUGGAAGGAUCCCAAGGAGGUGAAGCUCCUGUGCAGUGCCGUUCCUGGAUGGUGGCUAUCAUGGCCCAGGCUAGUGGAGUCGACCAUAAAUGAACAUUACGACCUAAAAAUUUCAAACUUUUCUCUUGGAUCUUUCGUGGGCAUGGGAACAUUUGUAGAGCACUACUGUUCAUCGCCCAGGGAGCCGGACGAACCAGUGAAGGCAAAGGCCAAACAGUCUAACCAGAGUCGGGCAUCUUCUUCCAACAAGAAACCCCGAUAUCGCAUAACACAAUGCAUGGCCCACUUUGCGCACUACCGCCAAAGGCUGUACGUCUACUUUGUCGACGUCAAGGAACCGCUGACUAAGCAGGAACAGAACGGCGAAACGCAUGCCCGGCACCGGUUUAUCAUCGAGUACUCCUCCGUGCGGCACGUGGUCGUGUCCAAGAACCCUGAUGGCGAGGACAACGACUGGGUGGUGUACCUGCACCUCAUCCACCCGCCCCUUCUCUACAGGGUCCACGAGACCCACUGCCCCGAAAACAAGGACCAGGACGACGAGUGCGACCCGCGCAAGCCCAAAUAUGUAGAGCAGUACGAAGUUGACGAAAGGACGAGGUGGGUCCGCACGGUGGACUUUGGCAAGCAAAAGACCAAGUGCGGCAGUGGAACGCUGGGCUUGUGUCGGGUCAUGGCUCUGAGGUUUGCAUCCGCGGGUGACCGCAUCGAGGAAGCACUUGCGGCCUUGGGCAUGCUGAGUACGACAACGAAUCUGUAUUACGGUGCAGUGGAGCUUAAGGCGAGGCAGUGCAAAGGCAUUGGGGAAGCCGAUAAGGAGCUGCAAGUGGAGGGCUUGCCAUUUGGCUGCAGAUUUGCUCUGGCUGCCGUUUGGAGAUCGUCGGCACAGGUGGUUGACGAAUUACUAAUUAACGGCACCAAGGCACAAGUUGUAGAAGCAUUGAAACGGAUGGCUUCGGAGGACCCUGAAGCUUUGGAGGAAGCACUCUAUGCACUGCAGCAGUCGCUGGACAAGGGCCGGUUCGUCUCGUUUCAGGUAGGCCUGGAGGCACUGUACAAACGAUUCCAUUCGAUGCGCCGGAGUUCCGGCAAUCUGACUGGCGGUGUGCUGGGGCAGGAGCUUCCGGAGCACGUCUGCCUGGUGCGGCGAGCGGUGCUGACACCGACACGUCUCUUGCCGUUGCCACCUCAGCCAAUCAGCACGAGUCGCAUUCUUCACCACUUCGAGCCCGAGCAUGCGCUUCGCCUGCUGAUACGUGACGAAGAUGGCAGCAAGAUGUCCUACUCGUUGGGCAUCCAGCGCUCUCAUUUUCUCUUUACCCUCACACGUCCCAGGCUGCUCGAAGGCUUCACGAUCGCCGGCCGCAAGUUCGUGUUCUUGGCAUCUUCCACGAGUCAGCUUCGCAGCCAUGGCGCGUGGUUCUACUCAGUCGAUUCACAAGGCCGUUCGGCGGACGAUGUGAGAGGUGCUCUGGGCGACCUGUCGCAUCUUCACUUGCCUUCAAAAUACAUGGCACGGUUGGGGCUGGCGUUCUCACAGUCGUUGGGAAGGAUUCGGGUCCCUCUCAGCUGCACCGAGGUGGUGCCCGAUAUUGAGUGUGAUGGGCCGAAGAGGAAUCUGCACUACGUCUUCUCCGACGGUGUAGGACGCAUCUCUACAGCUCUGCUUGCCAAGGUCCACGAAGCUCUUCCACGCGAGUGUCGGCCAAGUGCCAUUCAGAUUCGAUACGGAGGAUGCAAAGGCAUGCUGGUUGAAGACCCGACGCUGGAAGGGGACCGCAUCAUUUUCCGGAAGAGCAUGUACAAACAUUCCUCUGACAGCGAGGACCUCUUCAUCCUCAAGACCAGCCGGCCCCGCUCUGUUAAGCUCAACCGGCCAAUGAUCACGAUCUUGAGCCAGAAGAAGACCCGCGGAAAUCUGCGCAGCAUCGACGACUCGGUAUUCCUCAAGAUGCAGCAGGACUGUCUUGCUCCUUACACAGACAGCCUCUUCGAGGACGCGGCAGCGGCGCGCCUGUUACAUGAGGAGUGUGCGUUGCGGCUUCCUUACAAGGAGCUGGCGAGAGCAGGGCUGGAUCUGCAUGCAGAGCCCUUUUUCCGCUCCCUCCUCUGGACCUUGCACCAGCGGUGUCUCCAGCAGCUGCGAGAGAAGGCAAGCAUUGCGGUGCCUCCCGACUAUGGCCGCACGAUGUUUGGCGUCAUGGACGAGACCGGCACAUUGCAGUAUGGACAAGUGUUUGUCCAGUAUUCGCGGGACUUCGCACGCUACUCGCCCGAAGAUGAGUACGUUGUGCUCAAAGGCCCUGUGAUUGUGACCAAGAACCCCUGCGUGCAUGCUGGCGACAUCCGCAAGCUGGAAGCCGUAGAUGUUCCGGCACUGCACCACAUCCGUGACUGCAUUGUCUUUCCUUCUAUUGGUAAACGGCCUCACCCCAACGAGAUGGCCGGUUCUGACUUGGAUGGAGAUGAGUACUCGGUCAUCUGGUAUGAACCACUCAUCUUUCACAGGAAUGAUUCUCCGAUGGACUUCUAUAGUGAUGAAGCUGUGGAAAAUGAGGGCCCUGUAAAGGUGGAAGACAUGGUCGACUUUCUAUGCAAGUACAUAGAACACGACGUUAUAGGCCUCAUCAGCAAUGCACACCUUGCGUGGGCUGACUGGCUGCGCGAAGGGGUCUAUUCGAACAUGUGCCGGACGCUGGCUCAUAAAGUGUCGCGUGCCGUCGACUUCGCUAAACUCGGACGACCCGUGUCUCUGUCCAUGAGCGAGAAGCCCGCUGCCUACCCAGACUUCAUGCAGAAGCACUGUGAGAAGGACACAUACCUGUCCCGCCAUGCGCUCGGUAAACUUUACCGCGAGCUGGGCGGCAUGGUCCUGGACAGCGUGGGGCCCGUGGGCGAUGUGAAACCGGACUGUCGGCUCGUCAUCGAGGGACACGAGGCACACAUGGAGGUCGCCAGGCAAGCUCUGGCUAAGUAUCGGCUCCGGAUCAGGUCGCUUCUAGCCACAUACGGCAUCCAGUCUGAAAUACAGGCGCUGUCCGGUGCCGUGAUGACCAUGGAUCCCCGCAUCUCGGAGAAGCACGACUACACCGACGUGGCUGUGGUUGUGGAAUACCAGGUGAAGCACAUCAUGGAGCGGGCACGUGACGAAUUCCUCGAAGGUCUGGGCACAGACUACAAGGAAGCGAAGCGCCGUGCGUCUGCAUGGUACUGCUGUGCCUAUGAACAAGGUGCCCAAGCUGAAGGAUUUGCCUGGUGCGUGGCGAACGAGCUCAUGGACAUUCUACAAUGUGCAGCUCCGACCAAUGGACUAACGAGGGGAAGCAUACGAGAUCGCGUGACCCAUGCCUUGCUUCCAAGGAAAGACCAGGCGAAUGUCACUUUCAAGACUGCACUCUUUAACAAUGCUCUGAAGCUUCUCAUACGUUGGGUCAGGGGCAACAAGCAAUACCUGUGGAACACCGACAUAGACGCGGCGGCGAGUUACCUGAGACGUGUAUCGAGUGUGUUGAAGAAAACCAUAGCACAGCUUGAAGAGAACUUCGGACUCGCGCGAGUUCAAAAGCAGCCCAGCUUGGUUCUUGUGAACGUGCUCAAGAACCUGGUGCUUUGUGUGAAGCCUAAAAGUGAGAAGCUUGAGUUUUUCUUGGCGGACCUGGCUGAGCGGACACUCUUACGGCUCCUCUACCCCAGCAAGGCGGUGGAAGGCGACAUUCCUCUGGAGUCGGUGACACCAGUGGGACCGACGCAAACACAGGUCGUGCUUCUCCCACUGAGGGACGACGAUGACUUUUUUCUGGCGGUGGUGCGGCAGGAAAAGCGGUUCCGGAGCUUUUACAGCUCUGGAUGCAACUUCAGAAGGUGGCGAUUAUGACCUGGAAGGAUGCCAGAGGCGACUGGUUUUUCAAACUUAUGGUCACUGGGAGCCCGUGGGCACUUGACACUUUAAAGAAGACUAUAAUCCACGAGAGAUUCCAGGACGAGCUCAAAAGAAUUCUUCUGAAAGAAGGGGAGAAUCCAGGCAAUGGUACAGUUGAGGAAAAGGUGUGUUGAAUGUAAGGCAGGAUGGCGUUUCGCAGCAAGGUAAACUUUGUGCCGUGAAACUUUUGAUAAAAAUGUGCAGUGCCAUCAAAAUGGAUACAUUUGGCAAGGGAACUUACGAUGCUAAGUCACUAAUCGAUCAGCUGUUCCAUGCUGACUUGAAGAGAAUUCGUUAGUAUAAAAUCGAUAUCGUGAUGUGAUACGAUGUUUAACUAGUUGAUGAAUUUCUUGGUGGGACCGAUGCUUUCUGCAGUAUAGCUCGGAAUAGCUGGUUGUGUGGAGCUUUAAUAUAUUUGUUUGCAUAGCUUGUAAAGCAUUGCGCGGAAACUGUAAGUUGUGGUAAAGUCAACCAUUUGCUGUUUGCCAAGUCAAGCUUUGUCCUGCAGUGGACGUAGUCAGGCUGAUGAUGAUGAUGAUUAUGAUGAUGAGGUCAAGCUCGGCUUUAAAAGAAAUGACGACAGUAGACCAUUAUUCACGCAGCAUUGUAAGGAAUCUAAUUGAUAGCACAAGAGCAAAACGAGACGUGGUGCUAUGUGCCAUCUUGCACCAUAUGUGCAGUUUUUCGUGCUGUUGCCUUAACUAAGCUUAACAUACAAAGAGGUUAAUAUCAUAAAGGCAAGCUGGCCUAAGAAAUGUCAGGUUGUAUGUGUCAUUUUGUUCAACUAGGCAACUUUGUGUGAGGUCUACUACAAGCAAGUGUAAAAGUUUUCAACCAUAUAAAAGAAAACAUGGUGGAAUAAAAUGGGCGAGUUCUUGUCAGGAUUUUUAUUUCUAACUCUCUUGGUGCUUUAAAUAUUCUCAUUUUUAGUGUAUUUGCAAAAAAGAAAAAAGUGCUCAAGGUCACGAGGCGCACAUGACGUAUUUCCUUUAUCCCUGCCAUCCCUCCCCGCUUAGCUUCCAGCGCUUUCAUCAGGACGAGAGAAGAAAAAAUUCAAUGGUAGCAUGCGACAUAUCUUGGCAACUCCUCUUGCACUGGAGGGAUUCUUAAAAUUUUUGCGGUGUUGAAUUCGUGAAGCAAUAAGCUCUUCCAGUGAAUUCGUUCCAUGGUUACUUGAAAAAGUGUUUCAGGGCCCCUUUAAGUGGAACAGGUGCCAUAAUGUAAGUGUUGGAUGCGCUAGCGAUGGGUUUCAAUUGAAAGAAUGAGCAUUUAUGUGCUCAUUAAAAGUGAAUUAAAAUAUAUUUUAAAUGUUUGCUGUAUUGAGCCGUUCAUGUGAAGUGUCCUUGCAUACAAAGGAAAUUCACAACAGGCUUGAUAUAGCCUCAAAAUAUAUUUGCACCACUCCUUCCACAAGACUUUACUCUGUAUAGAGACUUUACAUUAAUGGUUUUUGUAGAAAUUUGGAAGGACUGCUCAGAAAGAUUGUAAUGGUUUCGAUAUCAAAUUUGAGAACAUCACAGUGAUGCAGAAAGGGUAAAACAACUAGCAACUCCUACUUCACUGGUGAAACUUGUCCCUGGUUUCUUAAAAUAUACGAAAAUGGGGUUGUCUCUUUUCCUUGCAACAAGUAGCUCAUUAAUAAAUUUUUUUAACGAGGAGGGGAAUUUCUCUCGCUGUCAAAUCGGUUGUCAAGCUGAGCCUCCUAGCGUCUCUCAUAAUCAUAUGGUGGUUUUAGGACGUUAAUCCCCACACAUCAAUCAAGCUGAGCCUCGUUGUGUUAUGUUACGCUCAAGUAGCUUCUGCAUUGGCAAACAGCCUUGUUCUUCACAUUCAAGUCUUGCUGGAACCUUGCUUUGCUUUGUGCAGGAAUUUGCUCAAGAAUUGGUAAAUGUAAUAACCAUCCAUCCGCAGAAGAUUGGUGUGAAAUUUCGUGUACUCUAGGGAGUGUGCGAACUCCACAAGAUCAGAAGCAUUUCACAAAACCUUUACACAUGCUGUCCUGACACUGUUCAGUGAGAACAUUUUCAUGCUUAAUGUAAGCUUAAUAUCAUUUAUAAUGCACUCUUCUGAACAUAUACACAUGAGUGAUGUAUCAUUAAAGCCUUGUGCAAGUCAGGAAUAAAAAUUAUGGUGCCAUAUAAAAGUUCCUACAUCCUCACCACUACAACAUUUGAAAAGUCGGCUAUCCAAGUCAGCCUAAGCGCAAAUUUCAAAUUUUCUCAAUGGUGAAGUAAUGGGAGCACAAUCGGGGUUUUAAUAAACCUGGCGUUCUAUUUUUCACAACACCGUUGCGUGCCUUAAGUGAUCAGCUGUGCCUGAAUAUGUAGUCUUGAUCUCAUAGAAUGUCCGUCAUGUGUGUGUCGAAAAAAACUAUACAUAAAUAAAUUCCCAAACUUCCCUCGAAAACUCUGUAGCAAAAAAUUGAUGCGUACUCAACUCGGCCUUAAAGCUGUCUCUGAAAGCCAAACUGCUGACAGUGUGUGCUGCCAUGUGCGAUUUUGAAGAUCAAAGCACAAGUUAUUCUUGCCGCAUUAAACAUACUCUUGAAAGUUGAGUUUGCUAGGUGCGGUGCUAUGUAGGCACGGCUAUGUGCACAGGCUUUUCUUCGCAUUGUACAAUGAGGACAUGCUUCAUGUCUGCACAGGUGCACCUACGUAGUGAUUCAAUGCUCGGGCGAUGGUGGAAUAUAUUGUCGAAGUUGGCAAAUAGCGUGUUCUCAUGUUACAGUUGUGCUAAAUGUGGCAUUGCCAAAGUGACGGUAUCUAACUUUCUCCGUGGCACUACGCUCCAUACAAGAAACCAGCUUAUGGAAGUGAUGUGAUAAAGAUGCCAGUUCAUGCGAUGAAUGUUUAGUACGAAAUAUUUUUGUACAUUGCUAUGUUUAAGCAGCGUUACUGCAAUAUAUGCUUAAGCGAACGCAUUUGCAUCUUGCAAAAUGAGCCUACUUUUUUUUUAUAUGUGCACUUUGCUAUGGCUGAAAUGCUACAUAAAAGUGGAAAUGAAGCCCCACUUUUGCGCAGCAUUUCUGCAGGUGUGCUUCUGAUUUCAACACUGCCAUUUUGGUGUACGGUUUUAACAAGAUGAGCCAUGUAUUGUGACACUGUCAUACCUCUGUCAGUGAUACUUCUACACAACAAAAUAAGCUUCACGAGUCUUGAAAAGGCUUACGUAUGAAAUGAUGAUACUUAUAGCGCGAGAACAGAACAACUACAAAGAGACAAGGACACUAAGGAUGCUUGUGUCCUUCGUGUCCUUGUCUCUUUGUCGUCGUUCUGUUCUAACGCUAUAACUAUCGUCACGUCAUACCAACUAGCCGAAACUGCCACCCUUCUAAGUUACGUAUGAACUUUUCUGAUCCUUUGACUGCUGUGUUUUUGAUCCUGUAUUUGAUCUCGUGAAUCCUUUCUACUUGGGGGCACCCACAAUAAGCGAGUUCUUUGGGGGGAGUCUAGGAGGCGAGAAAUUUAUAUGUUUCGAUUGUAUUUGCUCUUGCAGGGGCAAAGGGGGACAGGUGAAAAUAUUAAGGGGGGCUUCAGCCCCCCGCCCCUUGUACUUCUCACUGGUGCCACCCCUGUCGCGCCAUUUUUGCUUUUGAGUGAGUUGCGUUUCACGGCAUUGAAUGCCUACUGGCAUACUCUGUUGCAUUGUUGAAAUGUUAGGCACAACAUUUGCCAAAUGUGCAAAACCUUUGUUGGGGCUAAAAGCUCUUGAUAUGCUCACUGCUGACUUUGUUUCCUUGCUUUUUGCUGUUGCAUUUGUGUUGCCUAAGAUUCCGGUAGGAAGUUACUUAUUAUUUGAGAUAAAGGUAAUACAUUGCCUUGUGACUGACAACAUGACAUACCGUACAUGAGUCAACUGCACAAAAACUCAUUCCUUUGUGACGCAAUUUUUGAAGCAAUAAAGUUUGUUGCUGUUUUUGGAAAUUUUCA